AUGAGUGACACUAACGCGGCAUCACAGUCGGAGUUUAAUAUUGUCACAGAAGGAAAAGCCAAAAUAGGUUUCCAUGGCCCUGUGUUUUACAAUCCUGUCCAAGAGUUCAACAGAGACUUAACUAUCUCUGUUUUACGACAGUUUGUUCACGAACGAACAACGCAGAAGAAGGAAGAACAAAUGGAAGAAAGUGAAGCUGAACCACAACCCAAGAAGAAAAAAGUGUUUAUUGAUAAUGAGGAUGGCUCAAUUAGAAUUCUUGAUGCUCUCUCAGCCACUGGUCUUCGAGCAAUGCGAUUUUCACAAGAGGUCCCAAAUAUAGAAUAUAUUCUUGCGAAUGAUUUUUCUGAGAAUGCUGUUGAAUCCAUCAAAGAAAAUAUCAAACUUAACGGAGUUGAAGAUAAAGUUAAAGCUCAUUUCGGUGAUGCAGUUAUGACAAUGAUGAACCAUAGAAAUCUUGACAAAAGGUUUCAUGCUGUGGACUUAGAUCCAUACGGAUCAGCUUCAGUUUUCCUUGAUUCUGCUGUACAAUCAGUAGCUGAUAGAGGAAUUUUGAUGGUUACAUGCACUGAUAUGGCUGUGUUGUGUGGUAACACUCCAGAAGCAUGUUACAACAAGUAUGACGCUGUAACUGUGCGAUUGAAAAGUUGUCAUGAAAUGGCUCUGAGAAUACUGUUAAGAUCAAUUGAUUCACAUGCUAACAGAUAUUCGAGAUAUAUUGAACCUCUUGUGGCUAUUUCCAUUGAUUUUUACGUCAGGGUUUUUGUCAGAAUGCAUACAGGCGCGAGAAAUGCCAAAGAUAGCGGAACCAAAGUUGGUAAUAUCUAUGCUUGUUCUGGAUGUCAUGCUAUGGAAGUUACUCCUGCUCUCCGGAAGAUAGUGGAAGGCAAGAGCGUGAAGUACUCACCUAUUGUUUUCAAGCAAGAACUCAUGGGCGCUGAUAACAAAUGUGUUCAUUGUGGACACUCUGUUCAUCAAGCAGGACCUAUGUACAUCGCUCCGAUUCACAACAAACAAUUCGUUAGCGGAAUAUUAGAAAGCUUGAAAGCAACCCCUGAAGAUCAACGACUAGGAACCCACAACAGAUUACUAGGAGUUUUGAGUAACGUUUGUGAUGAACUUGAUGAACCUCUCUACUACGAGCAUGAUCAAUUAGCUAACGUUGUGAAGUGUUGUGUUCCUAAAGCAAUCAACGUUCGCUCAGCUAUUUUGAAUGCUGGUUACCAGGUUUCUGGCUCUCAUUGUAACCCUAGAGCUUUAAAAACAACUGCACCUCCAUCAUUCCUCUGGGAUAUUAUUCGAACUGUGGCUGUCGAAGGCAAUGUCAAUAAUAAUAAAUUGGACGAAAAAGCUCCUGGACGUAGAAUAUUAGAAAAACAAAUAACGAAUAAAAUUGAUUUUACCCUCCAUCCUUUGGCUACUAACCAAACUAAGAGUGAUCAAAUGAUCAGAUUCCAAUGCAAUAAGGGUAAAAAUUGGGGACCUCGGCAGAAGGCAAAGGGAUCUGUUAACUCAACCCAAGCUGGUUUCCAAACAACCCAGCAUCUUAAAAAUUAG